AUGUCAACAACAACUUACUCCGAGAUAAAGAGCCAACUUGAAUCCGUUACCACUCAACUUCUUUCCAUUCAAGAAGGAAUUGAUAAUCGAAUGAAAGAAUUGAAAAAACUCGAAGAUGAUCUCAAUUUAAAAUUCAAACUGAUGGAAGAAAAUGCGAAAAAAGCUCGAGAUGUAAUUAAACUUGAUGUUGGUGGAAAGAUCUUCAAAACUUCGAAAGAAACUCUUCUCAGUAGAAAAGACACGUUCUUUUAUGCCAUGAUUUCAAGCGGAAAGUGGCUACCAGAUGAAGAAGGGUGUUAUUUCAUUGACAGAAAUCCAAAGAUGUUUCCAUAUAUUUUGGAUUAUUUGAGAUAUGGUAAAUUAGAUGUUCAUCAGCUUACCACUCAACAAAAAGCCAUCCUGGCUGAAGAAGCAGAUUAUUAUUUAAUUCCUGAGCUUGCUACUAAAACGGAAACCGUUGUGGAUGACUGUUUUGAUGAGACAUUAUUGGGUCCUUAUCCCUUCCGCCUAUCGAAAAAUAAAAAUUGA